CCUGCAUCUGUUCUGCUCCUCAUCAUGCUCGGCUCCACGCUCUUGCUGGCAGUGACCUGUUUGCUGAUAACUUCAGCUGGCUCCCAGAAGAUUCGCACUGUGGCAUGUGAGGGAUCGGAAACUCAGCUAAAAUGUGACAAAGGCCAGCUUAUAUCUGUGAGCAGAGCUACGUACGGACGCAGCGACCAGAAGACGUGCUCCUCUGGGAGACCUGCCAACCAGUUAACGAAUGUCCAAUGCCCAAGGACACGAAUCAACACUCCACUAAGACAUGUUAUUUGGCGCAUGCCAAAAGUCCGUAAACAUUACUUCUAUGGACACUUGGCACGCAGAACAGAGAUUAUCCCUCUGUCUGCAGGCAGUAGGUCAAAGAAAAUAGUAGCUAAAAGCUGUAACGGGAAGCAGAGCUGCUCCAUCCAGGCAGCAAACUCUGUGUUUGGAGAUCCCUGCGUUGGAACCUACAAGUACCUGGAGGUGGAGUACACCUGUAAAGCUCCUGAAAGCAGCUCCCAGGAGGAAGGCCCCACCGUGGCAUGUGAGGGAUCCAUGGCUCGGCUCCAGUGUGACAAAGGCCAGCUUAUAUCUGUGAGCAGAGCUACGUACGGACGCAGCGACCAGAAGACGUGCUCCUCUGGGAGACCUGCCAACCAGUUAACGAAUGUCCAAUGCCCAAGGACACGAAUCAACACUCCACCAAGACAUGUUAUUUGGCGCAUGUCAAAAGUCCGUAAACAUUACUUCUAUGGACACUUGGCACGCAGAACAGAGAUUACCCCUCUGUCUGCAGGCAGUAGGUCAAAGAAAAUAGUAGCUAAAAGCUGUAACGGGAAGCAGAGCUGCUCCAUCCAGGCAGCAAACUCUGUGUUUGGAGAUCCCUGUGUUGGAACCUACAAGUACCUGGAGGUGGAGUACACCUGUAAAGCUCCUGAAAGCAGCUCCCAGGAGGAUGGCCCCACCGUGGCAUGUGAGGGAUCCGUGGCUCGGCUCCAGUGUGACAAAGGCCAGCUUAUAUCUGUGAGCAGAGCUACGUACGGACGCAGCGACCAGAAGACGUGCUCCUCUGGGAGACCUGCCAACCAGUUAACGAAUGUCCAAUGCCCAAGGACACGAAUCAACACUCCACCAAGACAUGUUAUUUGGCGCAUUCCAAAAGUCCGUAAACAUUACUUCUAUGGACACUUGGUACGCAGAACAGAGAUUACCCCUCUGUCUGCAGGCAGUAGGUCAAAGAAAAUAGUAGCUAAAAGCUGUAACGGGAAGCAGAGCUGCUCCAUCCAGGCAGCAAACUCUGUGUUUGGAGAUCCCUGCUUUGGAACCUACAAGUACCUGGAGGUGGAGUACACCUGUAAAGCUCCUGAAAGCAGCUCCCAGGAGGAUGGCCCCACCGUGGCAUGUGAGGGAUCCGUGGCUCGGCUCCAGUGUGACAAAGGCCAGCUUAUAUCUGUGAGCAGAGCUACGUACGGACGCAGCGACCAGAAGACGUGCUCCUCUGGGAGACCUGCCAACCAGUUAACAAAUGUCCAAUGCUCGGGGAACGCAGACAAAGUUGCUCAGAGCUGUAACGGGAAGCAGAGCUGCUCCAUCCAGGCAGCAAACUCUGUGUUUGGAGAUCCCUGCGUUGGAACCUACAAGUACCUGGAGGUGGAUUACACCUGUAAAGCUCCUGUGAUCAAACACAUAAAUAUCAGCCGCCAGUUUCUUCCUGCAUCUGUUCUGCUCCUCAUCAUGCUCGGCUCCACGCUCUUGCUGGCAGUGACAUGUUUGCUGAUAAAUUCAGCUGGCUCCCAGAAGAUUCGCACUGUGGCAUGUGAGGGAUCAGAAACUCAGCUGAAAUGUGACAAAGGCCAGCUUAUAUCUGUGAGCAGAGCUACGUACGGACGCAGCGACCAGAAGACGUGCUCCUCUGGGAGACCUGCCAACCAGUUAACGAAUGUCCAAUGCUCGGGGAACGCAGACAAAGUUGCUCAGAGCUGUAACGGGAAGCAGAGCUGCUCCAUCCAGGCAGCAAACUCUGUGUUUGGAGAUCCCUGCGUUGGAACCUACAAGUACCUGGAGGUGGAGUACACCUGUAAAGCUCCUGAAAGCAGGUCCCAGGAGGAAGGCCCCACCGUGGCAUGUGAGGGAUCCGUGGCUCGGCUCCAGUGUGACAAAGGCCAGCUUAUAUCUGUGAGCAGAGCUACGUACGGACGCAGCGACCAGAAGACGUGCUCCUCUGGGAGACCUGCCAACCAGUUAACGAACGUCCAAUGCUCGGGGAAAGCAGACAAAGUUGCUCAGAGCUGUAACGAGAAGCAGAGCUGCUCCAUCCAGGCAGCAAACUCUGUGUUUGGAGAUCCCUGCGUUGGAACCUACAAGUACCUGGAGGUGGAGUACACCUGUAAAGCUCCUGAAAGCAGCUCCCAGGAGGAUGGCCCCACCGUGGCAUGUGAGGGAUCCAUGGCUCGGCUCCAGUGUGACAAAGGCCAGCUUAUAUCUGUGAGCAGAGCUACGUACGGACGCAGCGACCAGAAGACGUGCUCCUUUGGGAGACCUGCCAACCAGUUAACGAAUGUCCAAUGCUCGGGGAACGCAGACAAAGUUGCUCAGAGCUGUAACGGGAAGCAGAGCUGCUCCAUCCAGGCAGCAAACUCUGUGUUUGGAGAUCCCUGCUUUGGAACCUACAAGUACCUGGAGGUGGAGUACACCUGUAAAGCUCCUGAAAGCAGCUCCCAGGAGGAAGGUCCCACCGUGGCAUGUGAGGGAUCCGUGGCUCGGCUCCAGUGUGACAAAGGCCAGCUUAUAUCUGUGAGCAGAGCUACGUACGGACGCAGCGACCAGAAGACGUGCUCCUCUGGGAGACCUGCCAACCAGUUAAGGAACAUCCAAUGCUCGGGGAACGCAGACAAAGUUGCUCAGAGCUGUAACGGGAAGCAGAGCUGCUCCAUCCAGGCAGCAAACUCUGUGUUUGGAGAUCCCUGCGUUGGAACCUACAAGUACCUGGAGGUGGAGUACACCUGUAAAGCUCCUGAAAGCAGCUCCCAGGAGGAUGGCCCCACCGUGGCAUGUGAGGGAUCCGUGGCUCGGCUCCAGUGUGACAAAGGCCAGCUUAUAUCUGUGAGCAGAGCUACGUACGGACGCAGCGACCAGAAGACGUGCUCCUCUGGGCGACCUGCCAACCAGUUAACGAACAUCCAAUGCUCGGGGAACGCAGACAAAGUUGCUCAGAGAUGCAACGGCAGACGGAAGUGUCGUGUUAGAGCAGCAAACUCCAUGUUUGGAGAUCCCUGCGUUGGAACCUACAAGUACCUGGAGGUGGAUUAUUUAUGUUAUGCUUCUGUGACUGGAUGAAAGCCGCAGAUUUCCAGCGCUCUGCAUGAAACGCACCGUAAUCAGUAACGUCUACAGAGUUUAAACUAUGAUUGGAAGUUUCGUCUCUUCAGUGUCUUUAAUGCACAUUUUUCUACUGUAGCUUUUUUUUUUGCAUGUUAUGUCUUCAUACAUUUUGCUUUUAUUUCAAUCAAUGCCAACUCUUUAGGUUUUUAUUGUGGGGUCUCAAUAAAGUUAAUUUGCAUUAAAA